AUGUCCCAAGACCCAACUAACUCGGCCGAUGUCAGAGAAGACCGUGUCGUUACUAACGGUUUCGGUAACCCAAUCAACGAACCCUUUGCCACCCAACGUGUCGGCAACCACGGUCCUUUGCUUUUGCAAGAUUACAACUUGGUCGAAAGUUUGGCCCAUUUCGCAAGAGAAAGAAUUCCAGAAAGAAACCCACACGCCCAUGGGUCCGGUGCCUUUGGGGAAUUCGAAGUCACCGAUGAUAUCACUGAUGUCUGUGGCUCCAAGAUGUUUGAAAAAAUCGGUAAGAAGACCAGAUUGUUGGUGAGAUUCUCCACCGUCGGUGGGGAAAAGGGCUCUGCUGACACUGUCAGAGACCCAAGAGGUUUCGCCACCAAGUUCUACACCGAAGAAGGUAACUUGGAUUGGGUCUACAACAACACCCCAGUGUUCUUUAUCAGAGACCCUUCCAAAUUCCCUCAUUUCAUCCACACCCAGAAGAGAAACCCUCAAACCAAUUUGAAAGAUGCCGAUAUGUUCUGGGACUUCUUGACUACCCCAGAAAACCAGGUCGCCAUCCACCAGAUCAUGAUCUUGUUCUCCGACCGUGGUAUCCCAGCCUCCUACAGAAACAUGAACGGUUACUCCGGUCACACCUACAAGUGGUCCAACAAGAAAGGUGAAUGGGUCUACGUCCAAGUCCAUAUCAAGACCGACCAAGGUAUCAAGAAUUUGACUGCUGAAGAAGCUGCCAAGAUCUCUGGUGAAAACCCAGACUUCUGUCAACAAGAUUUGUUCGAAAACAUCGAGAAGGGUAACUUCCCUUCAUGGACCGUCUACAUCCAAACCAUGACUGCCCAACAAGCCAAACAGGUCCCAUUCUCCGUCUUCGACUUGACCAAGGUUUGGCCACAAAAGGAUUUCCCAUUGAGAAGAGUCGGUAAGAUGACUUUGAAUGAGAACCCAAAGAACUUCUUUGCUCAAGUCGAAGAAGCCGCCUUUGCCCCAUCAAACACCGUUCCAUACCAAGAACCUUCUGCCGACCCUGUCUUACAAGCCAGAGUCUUCUCCUAUGCUGAUGCUCAACGUUACAGAUUGGGUACCAACUACAACCAAAUCCCUGUCAAUUGUCCAUACGCUUCCAAAUCAUUCGCCCCAUUCAUCAGAGAUGGUUCCAUGAACGUCAACGGUAACUUGGGUUCCGAAUCAAACUACUUGAACAACUCCAGCAAAUACACUUUCAAGGAAACCGAAAGACCAAUCCAACAACAUCAAGAAGUUUGGGACGGUCCAGCUGUUCCAUUCCAUUGGGCCACUUCCCCAGGUGAAAUCGAUUUCAAACAAGCCACCGACUUGUACCAAAAUGUCUUGUCCAAACAACCAGGUCAACAACAACAUUUGGCUCACAAUAUCGGUAUCCAUGCUGUCAACGCUAGACCAGAUAUUCAAAAAAGAGUUAUCGAUUGGUUCACCAGAGUCGAUCCAAACUUGGGUAAGGAUAUCAAGGCUGAAAUUGCAAAGGCUGCUUCUGCAAAGGCCAAUCCAAAGUUGUAG